CGAACACAACUGUCUUUAAAACGAAUGUGCUAACCUCGCUACGGUGGUUCGGAACGCCACCACGACGUCCGGAAACGUUCGAGACGACAUCUCGUGACGCCGGUAGGUGGGUUCACUGUUACGCGACCAUACAGCCAUACCUGCCAUUAGAGGUCAGCUCCCCACUGUUAAAAACCAGUCCCUACGGCAGUAUGGCAAAUUUAACUAUGCAACAGCAAAGCUGGAUGGCUAAGACAGGGGACCAGUAGGCUUCAGUGUGGUGGAACAGGAGGAUAGGGAACUCUAAGGCUGACAACGGACUUAUUUUAAAACAUCGCCGAGAAACGAAAUUUUACAACGCUCUUAAGACCGGUGGAUCAUCCAGAACACACAACUCUCUUGACGUAGACGUAAAGACAAGAACAACAAUUUCGUUACCAAACUAUCUUUGACAAAUAGAACUGUACACUAGCCCAGGUGUUGGAUCGGCUGGAGGUUUUUAAAGACCUUGGCACCAGCGCCAUACGCAAAAUGAUGGCGGUGCUCCAACCCACCAAGUCUAGCUUCAGUAUAGAAUCGCUGGUGUCAAAAGACCACCUCGCACGGGACGGCCCGCCUCGGACACUGCCUCACCCUUCUCAACUCCUGGAGUUGAGUAGACUUUGUCGUACGACAGCGACGACGACGAUAAACUCUGGCAUACCACAUGUGCCGUACACUCAGGGUGGGAUCCCGGUGUCACUACCGAGCUUAGGGAGUCUAUGCGGCGGGCCUAGGCCGGUUUCGGUCCCCCAUUAUGUGACGUACAGCGCCCCUACCAUGGUGCCUCCCGGGCUGCUGUCGGGCGCGCCCCCGACCGUCCCGCACCAGUCUACGGUGUCGCCGCCGUACCAGACUCACCUCCCGUACAACCCGUGGAUGCUGGGCGGACACCCACCUUACGGACACAGGUUACAAGGGCCAGAUAUGGGUAACGGGUCGCUCAUCCAUCUGCAAAAUCCGUUCCGGAAACCGAAGAGAAUCCGGACGGCGUUCACCCCGUCACAGCUGCUCCGGUUAGAACACGCCUUCGAGAAGAACCACUACGUAGUCGGACAGGAGAGGAAGCACCUAGCGCAGUCUCUGAGUCUCACAGAAACACAGGUCAAGGUGUGGUUCCAAAACAGAAGGACGAAACACAAGAGAGAACAACAAGGGGAUGACGGGAGGGACUCUCCCACCAAACACAGGGGCGCACACCACGUCAGCAGGUGGAGACAGGCCACGCAGCAGCUCACAACCACUGUGGAGCACACCUCGGCACCGGACGGGCACGACGAGACGAAAAGCACCAGCAGCUGUAGUGACGCUGGAUCAAGAUGAAAGAACUCUUGCUAACUGACUGCCUCGGCUCCAUUGUUUGAGAAGAAGCACCGGCAGAGGUAGACAGAGAAGACUUGAAAUAAAGAAAAACUCAGAACAGAUGUUGCUGCUCUCAACGCUAGAUUUUAGGCGUUUUCCCUCCAAGAUGGAGGAGAAUGAAAAUGUAGAGUCACACUAUGGCGACGGAAUAAACUCUCGACGCACAGGCUACCAGUAAAGUGCACUGGCGAUAAGGGAUCACAGCAUGUGAAAAACACGGUUGACCCUUCAUUCUAUACGAUAUCUUCCGAGUGAAAACACAACAAAAGGGGACUGAAGUAAUGGCAUUUUUCGUACUAGUGACAGAGGCACGAUUGGUACUGGACCAAGACCUCAGAACUGAACAUUCAUAACUGUAAAACAAAACGUUGAUAGUAUUUACAAUUCUUUCUUGACAUAUAUGUUUGUGUACGGAGGUUUGAUGGAAACUCCUCGGUCUGUCAAAGCGGUGGAAGGACUACUAAAAGGAAAACUUUGAAGGAUUUAAUAACUCAAAGACGUUGUGUUAAGUGUAUGAACAUACAAAAUGUAUAGAGCGUGUAGUUGGACAAAAAAACCAAGACAAGAUGUUUUUCUAUGAACAAGAGUGCGACUGGUAUCCAGCAAAUUCUCGUGUGUAUGUGUCGAAGCACCAUGUGCCUUCACGUCCAACAUCUUUGACAAUCUGACGCCAGAAUUUCAGACUUAUGAAAAAAGAUAUCAGAACAUCUCUAUCUCUAUUGUGAAAUAUAGUAGUUAGCGUCACAUGUCCCCUAUAUGCACCGAGUCAAAUGAACUUAACUUCCUCUCGUUCACGAAACCGCUAUGUGACAACAUUUAUACUCAGUGUAUACCAUGUUGUUGUUUCUUUUUAUAAGCUGAAUGAAUAAAACAACGAAAAUUUCUCGAAACAGUGAUCGUAGAACAGCUUCGAGUAAUAACUUUCAAAUUAUGUAAAUAGAGCUACUUCUAUGAUCUGUCCACGUUUACAUAUUCCGCUCUGAAUGUCUAAAUAAAGUUUCACAUUUUC